AUGGAGAAAAGCCGUGCGGCCCGCAGCAGCGAAGAGGAGGCUGAGCUCGACAAGAAAAUCGCCCAGAUUCGUGAGCGAAAUGAGAAAAUCCAGCAACGAGCACAGGAAAUUGAAGCGGACAAACUGAAAGCCAGUGGAAAAACAACAGACGAUUCAAAGGCCAGCAAGACCUCUCCAACCCAAGCUUCGGGCAAUAAAACCAAGGGUGGCGUGUGGGAUCGAGAAUGGGAUAAGGGCAAAACACCUGCCGAACAGUGGCGCGAGAAUGUGCCAUCGAUGGAGAUCACGGAUCGAGAUGGCGGCGGUCGCUGGAAUGAAAACGGCGGCCAAUCAUCUGGAUCUCGUGGCCAAAGGGGCCAAAGAAGACCCAAUAAUGCCCCUCAAAAUGUACAAAGAAAAACGGAUGGCGCGCCGGCCGUUGGAGGACGGCUAGCCGGAAGGAUUAGCUUUGAUAAGCAACGCACAUCGGCCGAUUCAAAGAAUGGAAAACCUACAGAAAAACGUCAAGAACGCUCAGACUUGAAAAUUGAAGUCAAGACACCGGACAACCGCGACAAAAGGCAGCAACCAAACCGACCCCAGAAAAACAAAAGCUCCGAUAGACCCGAGCGGAAUAAUAACAAUAGCGGCAACAACAAUACACAUGGAAAUCACAGCGAACAGAAAUCGGGCCGGCCCCGACGCGAAAGUGAUAAUCAUGCGGUGAAGACGAUUGUGCAUGAUUUAGUUGCAAAGAUCGUCCGCCAAGAAAGACAAGCCGAAAGGCUUCCAAAGUCCAAGGAGAAUACUGACGCAAAGCCGGAAGAAGCCGGCUUGGCUGAAGAAAAACCUGCUGAGGUCAAGCCCGCAGAAGAAGCCAAGCCAGAAACCAAGCCAGAAACCAAGCCCGAAGCUCAGGACGAAGCCAGCACAAAAGAUUCGAGCCCUGCUCUCGAAGAGGUGGCUGAAAAAGAGGACAAGUCCCAAACCGAAGAAACGAAGCUGAGCCUCGUCACCGAAUCCAUCGUUCGCCCUCAAAUUGUUGCC